GUGCGGACCCUGUAUAUGUGGUACGAUCGUUUUGGAGCUUGUGCAACAUUGUUAUAUAAAAGAUAAACUUCUAAGAAUAAACAAAGAAGAUUAGGUGGAGGCAGAUAGAUAGAUGUUCGGGCUUUUUACGCAGUUGGACGUGCUAGUGACCAAAUGUGCCGCGAAUAUCUAGUGCUAAAAUCAUGGAUAUAGGGAAAUUAUUUAUUGCGGUGCUCUAUUGGUGUGCUACUGUAAGGACUUCUUCAUCCUCAAAGAGGGAGCUCCAACAUCUCAACAGAAUGAGCGAAGAUCUACAGGACGUACCUUUCGGAGGAUAUCAUGUGGUAUCACUCAAUGUGGCGUAUAAUAACAUCACUUAUCUAAGCUCCUACAUUUUUUUCUUAAACAAAUAUAAGAAUCUCAACUUGAUCGAGCUGGGGCACAACAAAAUGUCAGAAAUUCACGUAGAUGCUUUCAGAGAAAUGAGAUCGCUGGAAUGCGUAGAUCUUUCUUCAAAUAAUUUGACAGAAUUGGAAGCAAAUACUUUUAGACAUAAUACUAGACUUCACAAGUUAGAUGUGACGUCGAAUCAGUUAUCUUUUGAUCCAGAAAAACCUUUUUUAAGGAGUUACUCCUUGGAGGUUCUGGUUAUGUCACAAAACCACAUUACUCACAUCUUUGACAUAACUUUUGCGAGAAUACAAAAUUUGAGGCAGUUACUUCUAGAUGACAAUCCCAUCUACUACAUGUCGAGGAAUUGUUUUGCUUAUUCCACGCGACUACAGUACAUAAGUUUGGCGAGAUCAGGAGUGCAUACUAUUGGAGAGGAUAUGUUUAGGACACCUCCUAGACUGGUAGAUUUAUCAGGGACACCUUUGGCUCAGAAGUUUAAUCCUCCAUUGACAAGGGUGAGGAGUACGCAGCUCAUAAAGCUUAUUAAUAUCGAAAAGUUUGAUGGGAUGAUGGAAAGUGAUUCAUGAUAGAGCAAGUGUAUUGUUUUAAGUUUUAAGUGCGUGAACGCUUGGAUGAGACAUAAGUUAACGUAUGUUGUGAGUGUAGCUUUAAAAAAAUCCUUUUAGUAGCAUUCUCUGUAUUAUAAAUGAGAUACGGUCAAAAAUUGAGAUGAUAUAAACAUACAGGGUGUCCCAGGGCUGAGCGUGCAUUAGAAGUUUCAAGAGAAGUACAAUAUCUAGAUCGGAGAUUUUUUGCACAUCAUUGUUUCACAAUGAGAUCUAUCUAUAUUUUCAAUAUGGCGGCAUUUCCGGAAAUACUGGAAGCUGGACAUUAACGAAUUGGAAAACCUUUUUACUAGUGAAAUAAAAAACGUGGGUUUCUAUUUGAAAAAAAAAUAUUUAUUAUA